CUCAGAUGGCCGGCUAUCAAGCAUUCACCUCUGCCUUCAUCAUGCCAAUGCUGUCAUCGCUCCUUCUAUCUCUUUUAACUCUUCCAUGUGCUCUGGUAGCACAGAUAGUUGUUCCAGACGGUGCCAUGCUUCCUUCUAGCUUACACAAACCCUUUCCCAAUCAAAACAGCUUCAAGCCAAACAGACCCACUGACAAUGCACCUAUAAACUCUGCAUCAGACCAGUCUCAUACAAGUGGCUUUAAAACCUAUCAUUUUGCUGCAACUCUGUUCCUGAUUAUUCUUGGAAGCAUAUUUGUUGUUGCUGGCAUAAUUGUUGGCAUUUUGGUUCUGUUGCGAUGGAUGCGUAAUAGUGAUAGCAGGCUGAAGGAAGAGGAGCGGCGGUUUGAGCUUGAACAGGAAGGACUUACUCAACGAACUGCUACCAUCAGUCGCCGUCAUACUAACAAAACAGUCCAAAGUUCUUGAAAUACCAUUCACAUAUUCAUCUUUUAAACCAGUUUGCAUCUGCUAUAACUCUCAACUGAGUGUGCUAGUCCUUAAUUCUCAUUAUCCUGAAUAUAGGAUAAUCUUGUUUUUAUUGACCCUAUUGUGUUACAGCCGUACUCACGUAAAACGGAGCACUUUUGCAUUUAUCUUGCAUUGAUUGUUUCUUGGUUUGUAAUAAAUAAUGGUCAAAUACUGGUGCUUGUU